UUCCAGACUUUACAUAUCGCUAUGUCAAUACCGGAAGGUGAUUACGAGAGAGGCAAGAAAUUAUUCAAAAUGCGAUGCCUUCAAUGCCAUGUAAUAGAUUCGGAUGCGAAUAAAAAUGGCCCAACAUUGAAGGGUGUGAUUGGACGUAAGUCAGGUACUGUCGAUGGCUACCCAUAUUCUACCGCCAACAAAAAUAAGGGCGUGGUUUGGACCCGUGAAACGUUAUUUGAAUAUUUAUUAGAUCCGAAAAAAUAUAUUCCGGGAACGAAGAUGGUAUUUGCGGGCCUGAAGAAACCUCAAGAACGUGCCGACUUGAUCAAAUAUAUAGAAGAGGAAUCUCCGAAAUAAUUAGGCAGUUCAAUUUCUAAUUAUAGGACUCGUGUAGUUGCGCUUCAUCUUUAUUGUCUUUUCAGCCGUCGGAUGAAUCUCAUCAUAUAGCACAUUAUGUAGACAAUUUAAAAAAAAAAAAAGAAAAAAGUCUUACCAAAAAUAUAGGAUUAUUUUAUGUUGAAGAUUUGCGUUCUGUUAUCAAUUUGUACUGUCAUCUGAUUUAAAGAGAAUGGAAUAUAAUCCAAACGUCACGUCAUUACCUCCAUUGUUUAUGCAGAGUUCUUCGAGGUGCCUUUUAUUAUGUUAACAGUUUUUCUAUGAUGAUUAAUAUCAGCUUGAUGUCAAGCUUUUUUUCAUAUUAUUGAAUGUUAUAGUACAACAUGCACAUUAUGCAGAAGUUCUCGUUUGUAUGACGGCAAUGUAGUAGAAGUAAAAGAAACGAAGAUUGCGCAGUAAACAGAUAAAUCGAAUUGCC